UCCGUGCGGCGGCACGGCUGCUGGCCUGCUGCAGCCGCAACGGCCGGUGUGGCGGGGCGGGGCGAAGCUUCCCGGAAGCUUCGUCGGACCAGCGAGGCGAUCCUCGUCGCAUUCACUCCCCCCACACGCGCGCGAGCAACGCCUCGCCUCUUAUCUCGCUCUCCGCCCUGCUGCAUGCAUCGUUAUCCUCCCCUAACCAUUCGUCCGGUUGUUCUGGCAUCCGUCAUCGAUCUUCUUAGUAUCCAUCCCCGGGCAAUCAAACAAACCCCGCCUUUCAAUACGGAGUAGCAGCAGAUGCAGGAUCAAUAUUUGUCCCUGAUUUUGCUUUGUUAUUAGGAUAAUUAAGCGUCCGGUUACCACUCAGGGAUCAAUAAUAAUUCGUCGUCGUCGUCUGUCUCCCUGCCUAGCCUUGCCAUCGCUUCCAGAGCAGUCCCAGACUCCAUAUAUAUCGGCGGCUCUGCUCUCCAGGCUACAAGCUCGCCCACCAAGCUCUCACCGCGCAGCAGCAACCAGGCGACCCCCCAUUCCCCAGGCAGGCAGGAUGUCCGGCAUGGAGGCCGGGCUGGUGCGCAAGUACCCUUCGGACGCUGGCGGCCUCCGCGCGGCGCGGCACGGCCCGCACGGGCACUCAGCCAGCGCCCGCACCGCGCACAGCAUGUCCGCGGCGGCGCUGCGCAAGAAGUCGGACGCCUCGCUGGUGCGCAAGGUGCCCUUCGCGCCGCUCCGCCCCGUCCUCGCCAACCUCCAGGAGGUCUUCCUCGGCACCAAGCUCGCCGUGCUCUUCCCCGCCGUGCCGCUCGCCGUCGCCGCGCAGUGCGCCAACUUCGGCCAGGUGUGGGUGUUUGCGCUCAGCUUACUCGGCCUCAUCCCUCUCGCCGAGCGCGUCAGCUUCCUCACCGAGCAGAUCGCAAUUUACACCGGCCCCACCGUGGGCGGCCUCCUGAACGCGACGUGCGGCAACGCCACGGAGCUCAUCAUCGCGCUGUUCGCGCUGAUGCAGGGCAAGAUCGAGGUCGUCAAGUGCUCCCUCCUCGGCUCCGUCCUCUCCAACCUGCUGCUCGUGCUCGGCACCUCCCUCUUCUGCGGCGGCGUCGUCAACCUCGGCGCCGACCAGCCAUACGACAGGAGCCAAGCGGACGUCAGCACGGGCCUCCUCAUCCUCGGCGUGCUGUGCCAGUCCCUGCCGCUCAUGCUGCGCUACGCGGUGGGCGCCGGCGAGCACUCCGUCGCCGCGGCAACCACGGGGCUCGACCUCUCGCGCGCCUGCAGCAUCGUCAUGCUGCUCGCCUACGUCGCCUACCUCUUCUUCCAGCUCAAGACGCACGCCCAGCUCUUCGAGCCGCAGGAGGUCGACGAAGACGGCGAGGAUCAGGAAGAGGCCGUCAUCGGGUUCGCCAGCGGGCUCUUCUGGCUCGCGUUCAAGACUGUUCUCAUCGCCAUCCUGUCCGAGUACGUCGUUGGCACGAUUGAGCCAACCUCAAAAUCCUGGGGCUUGUCAGUGAGCUUCAUCAGCAUCAUCCUGCUCCCAAUCGUCGGUAACGCGGCGGAGCACGCUGGCGCCAUCCUUUUUGCUCUCAAGAACAAGCUGGACAUCACCCUCGGAGUCGCUCUGGGGUCGGCAACCCAAAUCUCCAUGUUCGUGGUGCCGCUGAGUGUCAUUGUAGCUUGGAUCGCGGGUAUUCAAAUGGACCUCGACUUCAAGCUGCUAGAGACUGGCUGUCUGUUUGUCUCAGUAAUAGUAACAGCCUUCACCCUCCAGGAUGGAACGUCACACUAUUUGAAGGGGAUCCUUCUCCUCCUGUGUUACAUUGUCAUCGGCGCAUGCUUUUUCGUCACGAGGCAACCUGCAGGUCAUGCAAACGGCAAUGGUGUUGGGCUGGCUGUACCAACCGGUACAUGGAACGCACAGGGGGCAUAACAGGUUAGGAGUCCUGCCUGGACAAGCCAGCAUGCAAGACAGCAGAGCAAUGACCUAAAUCAGAGACUGAAACUGCAUGAAUCUGUCGGGCCUAGGUUUCGCAAUGAGUGAUGAUCCUACUUUUCCAGAGAAAUGUGGAAGCCGGCCGGUCCGAGUGCUACCGAGAGCAAAUGUAUUCAUCGUGUGAGAAGCAGCAUGAUGGGAAGGGUUUGUGCUUGUAUUACUAUUGGUUUAGUUAGUAGGCUGCGGCUGCUAGCCGCAAUAAGGGUACCAAAUAUGUAUGCAUCCAAUCCUGUGUAUAUGAUUCAUCGUGCGCUGCUUCGUAUAUGAAGCUUAAUAGGAUAAAUAUGCAGAGGUGUAUUGUAAGUUUUAUAUAGCACAUAUUAGCGUCGAAUCCUCCAGUUUGGUUA